ACGCAAGCUCAGCAGCAAACCUUUGCUCCGAGCAGGCAAGACAGUUAAUUCGGCCAUGCUGGGGUCAAUGUAUGGGGGGGAUGUAUGAUGUGACUGCAGGUUAUCCAUGGUCCAAGUGGCCAGGCCAGCCAGCAAGUGGCGCUUUAGUCCCAGCUGAACUCUCGGCGCCGCUAUCUCCGAAGAUGUCCAUAGAGGGUCGAGUUACGCUACGCCCCGUGUUUACGCCCCAGUCAGUCCGCCGUUAGCCGCGGGACAACGGAGGAUAGACUGGGACGCUGGCCGCUGGGAAGGUAAAGGCUCCACACUCAUGCCUUGAAAAAGUGCACAGUGUGAAAUUGCUGUCGAUGGGGAGAAAUCACAUUCAGCUGGAAGUCUAAAAAUGAUUGAAACAAUGGAUACACAGCGUGCCUUGCAGGCGGUGGAGCGUCUCCAGGCCAAACUGAAGGAACGGGGGGAGGUGCUCACUGAAGAGAAGCUCAGCCUGCUCAAAUCAGUGCUCCAGAGCCCCCUCUUCCACCAGAUCCUGGCCCUGCAGAAGUCUGUCCAGCAUCUCAGAGAUCAGGGGGUUGUUCCAGCAUCACAUGGGAGUGAUCUUAGUGAUCAUGUCACAGCAGUGAAGCACAAUGGUGGCCAUGUUUCUUGCUCAGACAUAUCAGCUGAUACAAGCAUCAAUGGCAAGACAUCAUCUGAAGAAUUUGAACAGAUUAUUCAGUCUAUGGCGCAGGGGCGCUACGUGACGCGUGUGGAGCUGCAGAAGCCAGUGUCAGGAGGUCUGGGCUUCAGCGUGGUGGGCCUGAAGAGCGAGAACCGCGGAGAGCUCGGCAUCUUCAUCCAGGAAAUUCAACCAGGAAGUGUGGCUCACUGUGAUGGAAAGCUCAAAGACGCUGACCAGAUCUUAGCCAUCAAUGGUCAGCCCCUGGACCAGUCAGUGACCCACCAGCAGGCUAUAGGCAUCCUACAGAGUGCGUCAGAGACGGUGCAGCUCACGGUGGCUCAAGGUCCAAUACCUCAGCAGGUUAGCCCCGUGGUGUCCCGCACGCCCUCUGCUGCCAGCACACUGUCGGCCAACUCCAGUGCGUGGCAGCAUGUGGAGACAAUUGAACUGGUCAACGACGGCACUGGUCUUGGCUUUGGUAUUGUCGGAGGAAAAACCACUGGGGUUAUUGUUAAAACCAUCCUUCCUGGAGGCAUAGCUGAUCAGGAUGGCCGUCUGCGCAGCGGGGACCACAUCCUGAGAAUCGGAGACACUGACCUGUAUGGCAUGGGCAGCGAGCAAGUGGCCCAGGUCCUCAGACAGUGUGGGAACAGGGUGAAGCUCGUGGUUACCAGGGGUGCCAUGGAGGAGAGUCCCCCUGUCUCUGCCAUCAUGCCAGUGGUGCUCCCCACAGUCAAUGAACAACAGGGCUAUGAGGAAGAGGAGGCUGAGGCGUUUGAUGUGAGCCUUACCAAGAACAGCCAGGGACUGGGGAUCACUAUCGCCGGCUAUGUUGGAGAUAAAAGCUCAGAGCCCUCUGGUAUUUUUGUUAAGAGCAUAACAAAAGACAGUGCUGUAGAUCAAGAUGGUCGUAUUCAUGUGGGAGACCAGAUAAUAGCUGUCGAUGGUAUAAACAUCCAGGGGCAUACCAAUCAACAGGCUGUGGAAGUGCUCCGACACACCGGCCAGACAGUCCACCUUAAGCUGAUCCGGCGGGUUUUCAGGCCUGAUGAGAUCCCCUCUGCUGUGGCCCCCAGUGUCACCAUCCUGUCCCCUUCCCCAACCACCGCCGUCCUGAGGGAGAUCGAGCUGGAGAGAGGGAAGGCUGAAGAGGCUGCUCAAAUCACUACAGAUGAAAAGCCGCUCCAGACAAAGAGUGAAGGAUCUGAUGUCAACCCAGCCACAGAUCAGCUAACAGAAGACAAACACGGGAUAGCGUUAUCCCCCUUUGAAGAAGAAAGACUAAUGAAGAAGUGGCAGGAGAUUCUGGGUCCAAGUAAUGAAAUUGUAGUGGCUCAGGUGGAGAAGUUCAGUGAGAGCAGCGGCCUGGGCAUCAGUCUAGAAGCCAACAAUGGGCAUCAUUACAUCCGCUCUGUUCUACCUGAGGGACCUGUUGGCUGCUGUGGCAAACUGUUCAGUGGAGAUGAACUGCUCGAGGUCAGUGGAAUAUCCCUGAUUGGUGAGACCCACAAAGAAGUCAUCAGAAUCUUGAAGGAGCUUCCACUCUGUGUAUAUAUGACAUGCUGCAGACCUGCUCCUCACCUGCAGUCUGACGCAGAUUCUGUCCAACCAGAAUCAAAGACUUUGACCUCAACACCCAAAUUAAAGAAACAAACAGACCUGAGCAGUAUAUUGGUUACCGAAGACUCAGAGGUGAGCACAACUACAACGAUGCAGGAGAAUGUGACAGAGGAGGUGAUAGGAUCUCCUUUGGCUAUGUGGGAAUUGGAGAUCCAGAACAUCGAGCUCGAAAAAGGAGAAGGGGGAUUGGGAUUCAGCAUUUUGGACUACCAGGACCCACUGGACCCCACUAAGACGGUGAUCGUGAUUCGCUCUCUGGUUCCUAAUGGUGUGGCUGAGCAGGAUGGCAGACUGUUGCCAGGAGACCGACUCAUGUAUGUUAACACCAUCAACCUAGAGAACGCCAGCCUUGAGGAUGCUGUCCAGACCCUGAAGGGGGCUAAGCCCGGGAAGGUCCAGAUAGGGGUCGCCAAACCACUGCCUGGAAUAUGUGGAUAUUCACACCCAUAUGGUGAGCAGGAAAUUACAUCAUCAUCAUCCACCAUCCAUUCAUUUGACUUCAACAGUAUUUUGGUUGAAGAAGGAGAGGAAGAGCGACUGACUGAGGGCAUCAUUUACCGAGCAGAGCCUGCAUUGAUUGACACCAGUGAAGCAGAACUGUCUGAUGAAAAGGUGCUAGAACACACUUACUCUGGGACAGAGGACGACACCUUCCAGGCAUCCAUGAUAGCACUUCAUGGUAGCAGCUGUAGUGCAGACCUGGAUUACCUUCACUCAUCUGCACCCAAGCUGACAGCUCACCUGGACUUGCUGAAUGAGGAUCCCUGCUUUGAAACGCCGUCCGGCUUCGGAGACGACAUUCAAGCGUUCCCCUCGGAGGAACCGGCAUCUUUCACUCCUCCAAGUUUGAAAGAUAACACCUCAGCUUUUAAUGCCAUACUGAGUAGUUCUGAUCAGUGCCUGGCACAGCACAUGACCAAGACGGAACCAGUGGAGUGCUCAAACUCAUACAGCCCGUUUGCUGAAAUCGUGACCAGAUCUAAUGUAGAGGAGGAACCUGUGGAGUCCCUUCACUACCACAAGGAGCCACCCAUCUCUUCUGGAGAUAUUGAUGAUAUCAAGGUUUUGAUGAAGGACGAGGAGGCCGGUGUGAAAGAAUUGGCAGAAGACAGUGACGAGGAAGCGCUGACCUCAGGGAGCAGUUUUGAAAGGACUAUCACAGUUGUUAAGGGCAACUCCAGCCUCGGCAUGACAGUGAGCGCUGUGACCGAUGGUUUGGGGAUGAUGAUCCGCAGUAUAAUCCACGGCGGGUCCAUUAGCCGUGACGGACGUCUUGGUGUCGGUGAUCUCAUCCUGGCCAUUAACGGAGAGCCCACUGCCAACCUGACCAACGCCCAGGCGCGCUCCCUGCUGCGACGACACUCUCUCAUUGGACCAGACCUGGGAUCUGCUUGUGCACCCGAGGACGAUCUGUGCCCAUUUUAUGUCAUCACAUACGUUCCAGCAGAGUAUCUGGAGGAGUACAAGGCCAGCCUCGAGCAGGCUAAAGAUGAUGUGUUCUCUGAAGCAGCUACAGAACCACUUCCAGCUCCAAAAGAUGUUCCUAAUCUCCCUGAACGUGAAGAUGGAGAGGGAGAGGAGAGUGCCUCUUACAGCAACUGGAACCAACCUAGGAAAGUGGAGCUCUUCAGACAGCCAGGCAAGUCCCUGGGGAUCAGUAUCGUCGGAGGCCGAGGGAUGGGCAGCCGCCUGAGCAGCGGAGAGGUGAUGAGGGGGAUUUUUAUCAAACACAUCCUGGAAGACAGUCCGGCUGGGCAGAAUGGGACCCUGAAGACUGGAGACAGGAUUGUAGAGGUGGAUGGAGUAGACCUCAGAGAUGCCACUCAUGAGGAAGCAGUGGAGGCCAUACGCAGGGCAGGCAACCCUGUCUCCUUAAUGGUGCAGAGCAUAAUUCACAGGCCCAGGCCUGAGUCAGUAUAUAGCCCAGCUCCAUUACCUGCAGUAGAGAAACACAGCACCGCUUUCACAUGCAUGCCACAUCGUGCACGUCAGAAGCCGCCCCUGCCCUUUCUGCAGCUAAAUAGACACCAUGGGUUGAGCUUCGGCUGCACUAAUCAAACAUCCUUAGCACUCGCCCUCCCUCAGUCAUCGACAGCAGAUCCCGGAGAGGAGAGAGCUCCAGCUGUAACAAGGGACAACAGGGACAAGGAGGGUGACAGUCACUGUAGACUUUUCUUCCGCCUCUCCCCAACUAACCCUUUCACUCCUACCCCAUUUAAGCUGGCGAAGCGUGAAGCAGCAAAGGCUUCUCCCACCAGCACUGUCCUCCCCCUGCCAGUGGUGCCACAUGCGGGAGAGACUGACACAGACACACCGACAGAGAUUCCUGCCAGACCUGCUGAGGCAGAGGAGGAGAAAGAGGGCGAAGAGGAGGAGGUGGAGGAUGAGUUUGGAUACAAUUGGAAGAACAUAAUCCAGCGCUAUGGCAGCCUCCCAGGUGUCCUACACAUGAUUGAGCUGGAGAAAGGCAAGGCAGGUCUGGGCCUGAGCCUGGCAGGUAACAGGGACCGCUCUCGAAUGAGUGUGUUUGUGGUGGGAAUAGACCCCAACGGCGCAGCCAGCAAGGACGGACGUAUGGUAGUGGGGGAUGAGCUGCUGGAGAUCAAUGGACAAGUCCUUUAUGGCCACAGCCACCAGAAUGCAUCCUCCAUCAUCAAGAGCGCUCCAUCCAAAGUCAAAAUCAUCUUUGUCAGGAACACAGAGGCACUGAACCAGAUGGCAGUGGGACCAGUGAGAGAACAUGAGGGAGACACAGACGAGCCCAACGCUGAGCUAGAAACAACUGCUGCUGAUGGUGGUGACACUACAAAAUAUGUCCAUACCAUCAUAAAGCUGAAGGACGAUGAAGGACUCGGCAUCACCUUUGUCGAGGGGAACACUGAGAGUGAAGUAGAAAUUCAGAGUAUAUCUGAAGUGAAAGGUCACACAGGCAAAGAGGGCUGCAUGGAACCAGGGGACAAACUUUUAGCUGUGAAUGGUGAAUCAGUCGUGGAAUGCACCGUGGAGAAGGUCGGUUCUCUACUGAGAAAAGCCAAAGGUCCAGUGAAGCUAACCUUCUCUACAGAUGAGAACUCCUCCUCCUCUUCUCCGCAGUCCAGCUGCCAGGACAGUGGUUCCUCAGACGGAGUCCUUGUCAGCUUACCCAGCAUGCCUAGCGUCACCACAGCUAGCCUGGAUCAAACAGAGGCAGUCACUAGUCCGAGUCGCUCAUCCACCCCUUCUGCUCUGGCCUGUGACCCGAUGACCUGUCCCAUCAUCCCCGGCUGCGAGACGACCAUUACCAUCUCCAAGGGCCGAACAGGUCUAGGCCUCAGCAUCGUGGGGGGCUGUGACACCCUGCUGGGGGCCAUCAUUAUCCAUGAAGUUUAUGAAGAAGGCGCAGCCUCAAAAGAUGGCAGGCUAUGGGCAGGAGACCAAAUCCUAGAGGUGAAUGGCAUUGACCUACGUGCAGCCACUCAUGACGAAGCCAUUAACGUGCUCCGGCAGACUCCGCAGAGGGUUCAGCUGAUUGUCUACAGGGAUGAGGCCCAGUACAAGGAGGAAGACCUGUGGGACUCGUUCACUGUGGAGCUGCACAGGAAGCCUGGUCAGGGCCUGGGCCUGAGCAUCGUAGGGAGGAGGAAUGACACAGGAGUGUUUGUGUCUGACAUUGUGAAAGGGGGUUUGGUGGACACUGACAGCCGACUGAUGCAGGGCGACCAGAUCCUGUCAGUCAACGGUGAGGAUGUCAGGUCGGCCACUCAGGAGGCCGUGGCUGCGCUACUCAAGUGCUGCAUGGGGCCUAUAAAAAUGGAAGUGGGGAGGUUUAAAGCCGGCCCCUUCCACUCUGAAAGACGACUCUCUCAAAGUAGUCAGAUGAGUGAAGCAGGCAGUUCCCAGGUGGCCUCUCAGUCUUGUUCAGACUCUGGAAACCUCCCUGGUGAUGCUGACAAACUAAGUAGGAGUCAGGAGUCUGUGGAGCAUCAGGACACCAGAACAGUGGAGUUCACUAAAAGUCCCCAAGAUUCUCUGGGUAUCAGUAUAGCAGGCGGGGUCGGCAGCCCUCUGGGUGAUAUACCCAUCUUUAUCGCCAUGAUGAAUCCUAUUGGCCUGGCUGCUCAGACCCAGAAGCUCAAGAUCGGGGACCGUAUUGUCAGUAUCAGUGGAACCUCUACUGAAGGCAUGAGCCACUCACAAGCUGUCAAUCUGCUCAAGAACGCCACGGGCACAAUCCAGCUGCAGGUGGUAGCAGGCGGUGACACAACUGUGACGGGUCCCCCUCAGGAGCAGGCGGCUGGAAGUCUCACGCCCAGCUGCAUUUUCCAGGAUGACCUUGGCCCACCUCAGUUUAAGACCAUCACUCUUGAAAGAGGACCAGAUGGACUGGGUUUCAGUAUAGUUGGAGGGUAUGGCAGCCCCCAUGGAGACUUGCCGAUCUAUGUUAAAACAGUUUUUGGAAAGGGGGCAGCAGCAGAGGACGGGCGUCUGAAGCGAGGAGACCAGGUAAUGGCUGUUAAUGGGCAGACUCUGGAGGGUGUCACACACGAAGAAGCAGUCAGCAUCCUGAAAAGGACCAAAGGAACUGUCACGCUCACCGUGUUGUCAUAGACACAAAUAUGCAAACACUGUCUUCACUGCUUUUCCUACACCUCUCAAGACACACCCAAACUAAAGCUACAUGAGCAAAGACUGAAACUUAAAAGUAGCAACACACCUUGUAGGUGUGAUGUCAUGUCUCGCAGUAGAAGAACUCACACCAGCAACAUUUCACAACUGGGUGACUGUGUUAAAAUCACCAGAUAUUCAUCUGUAAAAAUACGCUGAUUGAAAUAUUCUCUGGACACUGGAUAUAUUUUGCCAUUUCUUGUACUGGGAUAAAUGAAAGAUGGUUAUUUUCAGGACUAUUUUAAGAAAUAUUUAUCAGAAUAUUUCUACAGGAGAGCUAUUUGUGAACUAUUCUAAUGAGGUGACUUCUCGUUCCAGGAAAAUGCCAUUGAGGUAAUUACAUAGAUUAGUGAGAUUUGGCUGGCGACAGCUCUAGUUGUCUUACAUUGUUCUACUGUUGGCAAAUUGUCAUUCUCUGAUUUCAGUGAAAGGCUGAUGCUGAUGUUACUAGUGUUAAUGAACCUAUGGAGUCACUUGUGCUUUGGCAAAAGUGGCCAAGAGAGUAUUUUAAGUCCUGAAAGUUCAAAUAGUGUUAACGCACAGUGCGUUUUCUGAAGGGAAAGAUGUGAAAAGUGUGGUUUGAGUACACACACGUGACUAGAUGAAGAAAUGUGUGUGACCGGCUCACUGAAAUAUAGUGCUGCUAAAGCUGAUAUAUAAAGGUAUUAUGUCACAGUAUUAAGUAUUAAUGUUGAAAAGUAAAUGAAAAUGAAAUGACGAUGUUUAAACUGGAAUGGGUGAAUUAAAUAUGUCAGAUGGAUUAUAUAAAGGAUGUGAGUUCAUCCUGACCUUGUUGUUUACCCCAAACAAAGUCAUCCAGUGUACAGUGACUGUUGUGCAUUUGUUGUGUGGUCUGGUUUCAGAGGAAGUCGUCUGUUCUCCGUCUUAUCACCUUAAAUGUGACUAUAGUACUGUCAAAGUGAUAGUACUGAAGUUAUUCACUCUGAAUGAAAUAAAAGUGACCUUUGGAUUCAA